AUGGCUGAGAACUUUAAUAUUGAAGUGAAAACCACUGCUGCCUACAGUCCAUGGAGUAAUGGAUUGAUGGAAAGACAUAACCAGACCCUUACAGAGAUCCUGUUAAAAGUGAAGAAAAGCAGUGUUUGUGACUGGAAAGCAGCCCUAGAUUGGGCCUUGAUGGCAAAGAAUACAAUGCACAAUGUGCAUGGAUUUAGUCCAUACCAGCUGGUGUUUGGACAAAACCCGAACGUACCUUCUGUGCUGGUUGAUAAACCGCCUGCCCUGGAGGGCACUACCAUGAGUAAAUGGGUAGGACAACACAUUUCAGCAUUACAUGCAGCAAGGACAGCGUUUACUGAGGCAGAGUGCUCUGAGAGAAUCAGGAGAGCUCUGCGCACACAGCUUCGCAGCACAGAUGAAUACUACGAAACUGGAGAUAAAGUGUACUACAAAAGAAUGGACUGCAAUGAAUGGAAAGGCCCUGGGGUGGUAAUUGGACGAGACGGGGUGGUAAUAUUUGUUAGACAUGGAGGCUCCUAUGUCCGGGUGCAUCGCUGUAGACUGCGCAAGGCCACAGAUCACUACACUGACACGUCUCGUGACAGACAAGAAAACCAGACAGAACUUAAUGCAGCAGAAUGUGACAUUGAACAUGUUGAAGAUCUACCCGAUACUGUAUCUAGUGAUGUAGACAGUGUGCCUGACACAGAGAAUGCGGCAGGGAGCUCAAAUAAUGACAGAGACAGCAAUGAGCAUGAUAAUAAUCCAUCCGACAGACAACCUCCUAUCAUAAGAACAGACCGUAGUAUGAAUCUAAAGGCAGGACAAUUCAUAAAGUAUGUGGAAAGAGACACUGGAAUUUCACACACAGCAAAAGUGCUAGGUCGAGCGGGAAAGGCAACUGGAAAACACAAGGACUGGUACAAUCUGGAGUACACUGAGCCAGUUAACCUCACUGGCACAACAAGGUCAGCUGACCUUUCACAGGUUGACACACUGCAGAUUCAGUCAUCGGACAGGGUGGAACAGCCAUCUGAUCACGAGGAUGUACUUGUUACAAAGGAUGUGUCAUUUGAAUCAGCUAAACUUACUGAAAUCAGUAACUGGGAGAAACACGAUGUGUUUGAUGAAGUAAAAAACAUGGGACAAAAAUGCAUUUCCACAAGAUGGGUGUGUACACUCAAAGACACACCAGACGGCAUAGUUCCAAAAGCAAGGCUAGUGGCGAGAGGAUUUGAAGAGCUAAACACAAAAGAUCUCCCAAAAGACUCGCCAACAUGUGCCUCAGAGUCUCUUAGACUACUCAUGUCUGUGAUAUGUCAAAACCGAUGGACACCCCACUCUAUGGACAUAAAGUCAGCAUUCCUUCAAGGAAAUGAGUCAUCCCGAGACAUCUAUGUUCGUCCACCACCUGAAGCUAAGAAUUUUCACAACAACCGUAAUCCCUCACCUGCAAUCUACCUUUCAAGUGGGCAGAGAAGAACAUGACAGUUUUCGCUAUGUAGGCAUGGAGUACGUCACUGCAAAUGGAGUAACAUGUGGUGAAAAAAUUGAAAUCAGAACAGGUGACACUGAAGUUUCAGAACCUGGGAAAAGACAGUUCUCUAAAGCUAGUAGUGUUCUGCGACGCCUCGCUGGGAAACCUUACAGAUGGAGGCACUCAAGGGGGACAUCUCAUUCUGCUGAUGGGUGAGGAAGGAAGAUUCUCACCUGUGUAUUGGCAGUCAAAAAAGAUAAGGAGAGUCGUACGGAGCACUCUUGCUGGAGAAACUCUUGCCCUUGCAGAUGCUGUUGACAGUGCCAUUUCUUUAUCUGACCUUCAUGCAGAACUUACCACAGGGAAUGUAUCACAACAUGUCUUACCAAUAGUGUGUGUCACUGAUAAUCACUCCCUUGCAGACGCCAUCAAGUCUACUAAGUCAGUGACAGAGAAAAGGCUCCGCCUUGAAAUAAGUGGCAUCAAAGAACUUCUUCAAAGUAAAAGAAUCCAACAGAUUCUCUGGGCACCUACAGGAGAGCAGCUAGCUGACUGUUUGACAAAACGAGGUGCAUCCGCACUUCAGCUCCUAAAGGCACUCAGUGUUGGAGAGUGGAAACUGCAAUAGAGACUAUUCUUUUGUGGACAGUUUUUUUUUGUUGGUCACCAUGUUCUUACAUUUUCAUACUUAUGGACAUUAAUAAUAGACUGUGAUUUUUGUGUUCAAAAAAACAAAAAGAAAAAAAAAGGUGGGAGAUUGUAAAUGUUCUGUUUUUGCAUUGCACAUUAUUAUGGUACACUCUUUUAGUGUAUUUACGGUAACGCCCAGCAUGCAUUGCUCUAUGCGCGGGCUCCGGUGGGAAGUCGGUUAUGU